AUGGGCACAUGCUCUAAGGUCUACACCACUGAGGGCCGAUCAGGCCCUGAGUUCUACCCAGGCCUUAAAGCCCGUGUGACCCGCUCAGAACAAGGACUCAAGGGGGCAACAGCCUCCCAGCUGGGAGAGCGCCGGGAGCCCAGCUCUGCACCCACGGCCUCCGCCCGGAGCCAAGCGCUCGAUGGGCACCUCCCCGGGCAGGCUGCGCCCCUCAGGCACGGCCCGGCCCCCGCGGGGUCGGCCCCUGGCAGCAGGGCUCGGCCGCCUGCAGCCCGCGCCCGGCGCCCCCCGACCAGCCUCGGCCCGCAGGGGGGCCCGGCGGUCCCCGCGCCGGCGUCAACCCCGAGGCCAUCCUCCAAGCGUCCCGCGACCCGGUCUGGGCGCUCGUCCCUGGCUGCCGCCGCAGGGCACUCCGUGAUCCUGUGGACCCUGCGCUCUCUUCUGGGGCUCAUCGCCUGGGUCCGCAGGCGCGGCGGCCUGCACAGGGCGAAGCUGUCCGCCCCCCAGGCCCAGGCGUCCCUCACCUGCGCGUCCGUCCCGGGCAGACUCCCUGCCUAUGUGCCGCAGCUGCGGCUUGUCACCCCGGGGCCAACGUCAGCACCCAGCUGUGCCCAAGAUGUCUCCGCAGGGAAGACGGCGUGGAGGGCCCGGGAGGAGCAGGAGGACCCCGCACUCACGGGGCCCCCAGACGCCCGGAGAAGGUGCGCUAAAGGCUCCGGGGCAGCACAGCCGGCAUUCGGGCCCUUCAGGGUGGACACAAGCCCCCGUUCCUUUGUGCCCAGGCCUGGGCCUCUGCACAGAAGCCUCCCCUACCAGGGAUCAGACGACGCAGCUGACAAGGAGUCCCACCCGGCCGGCAGGAGCUCCUGCCGCCACCGAAAUGCCAUCAGCAGCUCCUACAGCUCCACCAGGGAGGUCCCGUCAGCGCAGAGGAGGAGGGCUCCAGCCACAAGACAGGGCUGGCCGCCCCCCACGCCCCCAGACAAAGUCAGCCCACACAGCCCCUGGCGUCCCGCGGCGCCUUCUGUGCCUUGCCAGAUGGAGAACCAGCGCCAGGAGGAGGCGGGUGCCACCACCGGGCAGAGAGAAACCUGCAGGAACCGCUCACCCACGUCUCACUGCUCCAGGCCCCGAAGACGCAAGAUGCCUCUGCUGCCACACAGGCCAGGGGAUCCUGUGCGGCUGCCGCCAGCCCCUGUGCUCGGCUUUCGAGUCACCGCCCAGGACCUAGACGCGGAGAAGAGAGCCGCCCUCCAGCGCAUCGACCGUGCUUUGCGACGAGGGGACAUGGAGGGCAUCUCGAGGGGCGGCCUCACGUGCCCUUGCAGUGCCUUGCCCUGGCCUGCUGCACGGGCUGUUGUACUGCCAGCUGUCCCCCCAGCCCCUGGCCUAAGUGCACAGCGGGCGGAGCAGGACUCCCCGCGUCCCCUGGCUGUCCUGCCGCCUGGUGGAUGGGCUGUCUCUGUGCCGCCUCUGUCUCAGGGGGAGCCCAGGUCCCCUGGUGCCCCCUCCUCCCUGUCACAGUCCCUGCCCCCAGCCCCACGCACCUUGCUGGCCUCUGCGUCCUGCCCGGGAUCGGGCAGGGCUGACCUGUCUGCCGAGGGCCGGGACCCGUCCAGGCCUGCUCCCUGCUCUGCAUCAGGCCUGGCGUGUGCACUGAGCAGCCCAGCUCCUGGCCAGUCCAUUCCCGCAGCUGCGGCAGAGUCCCUGCCCCCCUCCAGGGUGAAGCCCGGCGCGGACUCCCCUGCGAUGGGAGGCGAGGGAGGGGGCUCUCUGCCAACCAAGCACUGGGUCAGCGGUUUCACAGCUGCCAGCUGUGCCUUCCCCACUGCUACCAGCACGGACUGCUCCAAAACAGACUGCCCUAGCCCCAUGUAUGUCGACUGUCCAGCGUUCAGCUCCCAGAGCUCCCCUCCCACCGUGGGUUCUCGUGUCCCCCCUUCCAGGAGCCUGCCGGUCACUUGCGCCGUCCCUUCCAGCCCCUCGAGCGGCACAUCCACAGGCUUGGCUCCCCAGCCAGCCUCUGACGUCCAGGUCACCUCCAUGGACUGCACUCCCCCUUGCAUGCCUCUGCUCCUGGGCUCUCCCCAUGGCUCUAGUAGGAGCUUCUAUCCACCUGCCCAGGCCCUUCCGAUGCCCUCCAGGGACAGCAUGGGCUCAGUCACAGCCAGCACUGGCCUGCACGCACUGGGGCUCUGGAGCCCCAGCACACCUGUGAACCAUCCCUGUGGGAACCCAGGAACCCCAGCUCAGCCCACACUCGGGGCCACGGAUGGGCAGUGUCAGGGAGCCACCACCCUUUGCAUCCCUGUCCCCUACGGACCAUGGGCAGCUCGAGCCUCAACCACGGCCCGGGCCCUGACCUCUGCUCUAGGCCAGCUCUCCUUGGGCAGCGCCACACAGGAGGCUUUGGGGGUUUCCUCGCCCACGUCCUGCACCUCAGGGACCCAUGCUGGCACCCAGCCAGGCUGUGCUGCCACCCCAGCUGUCGUGCCCCCUGGCACGGCCACCGCCCCUGGCUCUGUGACCAAUGCUGGGCCAGGCAGCUGGCAGCCCUGCCCAAUAGCUGGCGCCACAAGCUCAGCCCCCUUGACCUUCGGGGUUGCGGCAGCCCCCGCAGGCCUGGGGAGGCGACAGGCUGCCCCGGAUCAGAGGCGCAGCUUUGGCGCUCACAGUGUUACACCACAAACCAGCGGGGCCCCGAGCAGCACACACCGCUCCGGGGACAGCUUGGGCCUGAACACCCGGGGCCACCCUCGCGGCAGCACCCCCAACACCACCGCCCGAGCCAGCACCAAACACAACCCUGUGUCUGGAGGCCCGAACGCCCCUCCUGUUAGUCCCAGCCCGAGGGACCUAGCCGCUCAGAGGCCCCCGAGGCCCAGCCCAGAGCCCAGCAGCACUGCCAGCAAGGCCACCUGCAGGGUCGCGGGGCUCCUGGGCCCUACUCCUCGUGGCGCUGCCUCUGUGCUGAGCACAGCCAGGAGCAGCCCUGCCGGGCCGAGCCCCUCGUCAGCUGCCCCGGGCUCGGGGAGUCGCAAAAGAGCUGCGCCGGGCCACAAGUCAUUUCCCGACACCUCGCAAUCCACUCUUUUGGGGUCUAGGAGGAAAAUGCGGGCCUGA